AUGACUUCAUCCUCAAAAAGAAAAGAAUGGUUUGAAAAAGCUAUUAAAGAGAAAUAUAUUAGAAAUUUUAAGUACAAUUAUUUUAAAGAUUUUGAGGAAAUUGGUUCUGGAGGGUAUGGUGUUGUAUGGAAGGCUAAUUAUCUGGGUGAAUACGUAGCUUUAAAAGAAUUGCGAAAUAGUCAAGGUGAUAAUAACGAAGAUUCAGAUGAUGAUUUUAUUAGAGAGGUAAAAAAUAUUAUUGAAAUUGCUCCACAUGGAAAUAUUGUACAGUUUCUUGGAGUUACCCAAG